UCUCAUAGGCUGGAAUCUUUGUUAAUGUCAUGUCAUUGACUAAGUCAGGUCAUUCAUUUAAAAAAAGACACGAAAUCUGAGCCCGUGAAAGAGGAAAUGAACCAAUCGCCGAAUCCCUUGGGCAAACAACUGACUGGAGCAAGAAAAACAAGUCUUUUGAAACCAUCACUGAAGUCGGCUGCACAGACUUAAUUAAAAAAAAACUUUACAUAUGCAGCUCUCCGAUUCCGGGGAUUUAUGUUGCAUCAGCCAAAACAGUUCCAUAAAUCAGGCUGAUCGAGCUUGAUGUCAAAUCCAGUCUAAAUGCUCAUAAACGGUUAACAACAGAACACAGGAUGGAUGGCUACUUAGAUCAGCAAGUGCCUUACACAUUUUCAAACAAAGCGCACGACGGGAGCUUCGGGCGGGCAGUGAUUGCCAGAAAGAAAAGAUAUAUCCCCAAAGAACUAACUCAGGAUUCAGAAGAUCUCUUCCAGGAUUUAAGCCAACUUCAAGAAACUUGGCUUGCAGAAGCUCAGGUGCCAGACAGCGAUGAGCAGUUUGUGCCGGAUUAUCACUGUGAAAGCCUGGCUUUUCACAGCCCCACACUGAAGAUUAAAAAGGAGCCCCAGAGUCCCAUUUCUAACCCAAACUUGUCUUGUCGUCACAAGCAAUCAUUCCACUACAACAAUGGGGAACAGUGCCUUUAUGCCAGUGCCUAUGAGAAAAAGCCACAUGUUGGUCUCAACUCCCCACCUCCAGGGACCCCUUCAAAUACUCCAUUACAACAACCCUGCAGUAAGUCCACGGUGAAUCCCAGACGGGAGCACGGCUUUGUGAAUCUCCAUACACCCACACAGUCCAUAACCAAUGGCCGAUUCCCAAUGGACCACAGUUCACAAUUUCAACAACAGCCUUUGGAGCUCUGUCAUCGCUUCCAUUCCUCCCAGGGCAUGAACAGGGAAGCACCUUUGGCAUACCAGCGGCAAAUGUCUGAGCCCUGUGUUCCAUACCCACAGCAAAGUUACAAGCAGGAGUACCAGGACCCGAUGUAUGAGCAGGGAAACCCGAUUGGCAGUGGGAGCACCCACUGUUUCUCACACUCCAUGCUCAUCAAGCAGGAACCUCCAGAUUAUGCAUAUGACCCAGAUAUUCCUGGCUGUCCUUCUAUGUAUGUGCCCAGUGAAGGUUAUGCAACUCAGUCCAGCAACCUUGAAGGCUUCUCAUAUGAGAAACAGCUGAGACCUUACAGUGACGAUGCAUCUGUGGUUCCCGACAAACUUGAAGGUGACAUCAAACAGGAGAUCAGUACAUAUCGUGAGGGCCCUCUAUAUCAGCGGCGAGGCUCUCUCCAGUUAUGGCAGUUCCUGGUUGCACUCCUGGACGACCCGUCCAACUCUAACUUUAUUGCUUGGACAGGUCGAGGCAUGGAAUUCAAACUGGUUGAACCAGAAGAGGUGGCAAGAUUGUGGGGAAUGCAAAAGAACCGACCAGCCAUGAACUAUGAUAAACUUAGCCGUUCACUUCGCUACUAUUAUGAGAAGGGGAUCAUGCAAAAGGUGGCUGGCGAGCGAUACGUGUACAAGUUCGUCUGUGAACCAGAAGCGCUCUUCUCUUUGGCAUUCCCUGACAAUCAGCGGCCACUGCUGAAGUCUGAAUUUGAUCGGCACGUGAAUGAAGAAGACACUGUUCCCCUGUCUCAUCUGGACGAGAACACCCCCUACAUGCCAGAUGCUGGCUGCAUCAAUUCACAGCACUAUAACAAAGGAUAUAUGUAUUGAUCAACAACAAGGAAAAUGUUGGGUUUUUAAUCUCUCUAAUUGCACUGCAAUAACUAUUAGAAACUGGUAGAAAUUAUAAGUUAGAAUCUGUUGCUUUAAACAUACGUAUAUCAAAUAACUGGGGAUAUAAAGUUGUCCUGUAUAUGAUUUUUAGAGGAUUGUUUUGUCUAUUUCUUUCUUGCAUAUGUCUCACCCACCACAUAUACACAUUGUGCAAGAUUCUUUCAUAGUUUGAGGCACGUUUUUUUUUAAAUUCAUUAUUCCCAAAUAAGCAGCAAAUUGAUCAAACCCCAACAUAUAUUCUAUUUGUUCUUCUCAAUUUUUAAAAGAAAUCUGCCAUAUUUAUGCGUUUUUAAUUGAGUUUCAUUGCAAGAGUUUUCUUGUAGAAAUCUGCCAGAAAUUUUCAGAAAUCCGCCCAACAUUCAAAGGCUCAUGGCUGCUGACUGAACAGAUAUUCUUCAUUUUCUCACUUUGGUCUGUUUCUCUCCCUCUCUGCAGUUGGGACAUCUUUGCUUCCUUAGCACUCUAACUUCUAAGUUCUGUGUCUCAUCAGCAUUGAUUAGAGCCAUUUAUCACGCUGGUAUUACAGUUGGGGUCUCCGAGUGUAGACUGUGUUUCAGUGUAGCAGAGACUUGUCUGGGAAAUAGAUAUCACAGCACCCCCAAAAAUCUAGCACAUUGGACUCACACCAGAGGAUCUAGAUUUUAAAAAAGGAAUAUUUUUAUUCUCGAGUUGUUCAAAGAGGAGGGAAAACC